GAAAUGUCCUUAUUUGAAGUUUACGACAUGCCGUACUUUAGGUCGUCCUUAUUUUGCUCAUUUUCAAGAUGGAGGACGACGAAGCCGCUGAAGAUAUUUGCCGGGUGUGUCGGUCGGAGGGGAGUCAGGACAAACCCCUGUACCACCCCUGUGUGUGUACAGGCAGUAUCAAAUACAUCCAUCAGGAAUGUCUCAUCCAGUGGUUGAAGCAUAGUAAGAAGGAAUAUUGUGAACUAUGCAAGCACAGAUUUGCAUUCACCCCAAUUUACUCACCAGACAUGCCUGCAACACUGCCCAUCAAGGACAUAGUGAGCGGGUUGUUCACAAGUAUAGGCACUGCUGUACGGUACUGGUUCCACUACACACUGGUGGCAUUCGCCUGGUUAGGAGUAGUACCUCUUACAGCAUGCCGAAUCUACAGAUGUCUGUUCACGGGAUCUGUCAGCUCUCUUUUAACCUUACCACUGGACAUGCUAUCAACGGAGAACUUGAUGUCUGACUGUCUGCAGGGGUGUUUCGUGGUGACAUGUUCCCUGUGUGCGUUCAUCAGUCUGGUCUGGCUACGGGAACAGAUUGUCCACGGGGGUGGGCCUCAGUGGCUGGAACAGCAGAACAACCAAGACGAGCCAGCACCUGCUGCUCCAGCAAACAAUGCCCCUCCCCCAGCUGCAGCCCCACCCCCGCCGGAGGAUGAGGAUGGUAUGGGCAUGGACAACGGUGAUGCAGGUGACAUCUUUGAUGACACAGAUGAAGAAGGUGACAACAAUGGAGGUGAUGGGGAGGGCGAUGACCCCAACAAUGGUGCCCAAGAUGAUGUGAACUGGAAUGCCAUUGAGUGGGACCGUGCGGCUGAGGAACUGACGUGGGAAAGGAUGCUAGGCUUGGAUGGCUCUCUUGUAUUUUUGGAACAUGUAUUCUGGGUAGUUUCUCUGAACACCCUCUUCAUUCUAGUAUUUGCAUUUUGCCCAUACCAUGUGGGACAUUUUGCAGCAGCAGCAGUGAAAAUAGAUGACUAUUUGGUAGCCUCCCAGUUUGAGGGCCUGCUGACCACCAUGAUUGGCUACCUCAUCCUGGCCACAGCACUGGUCUUCUGCCAUACUAUGGCUUCUUUUCUAGGUUUUCAAAGGGCCAAGAGAGUUCUAGGAAUUUGCUAUGUAGUUGUAAAGGUUUCCCUUCUAGUAGUGCUGGAGAUAGGUGUGUUCCCAUUGGUGUGUGGAUGGUGGCUGGAUAUAUGCUCCCUGGCGAUGUUUGAUGCCACCCUGAAGGACAGAGAGACGAGUUUCCGGGCUGCCCCAGGGACGGCCAUGUUUCUCCACUGGCUUGUGGGCAUGGUUUAUGUCUUCUACUUUGCCUCCUUCAUCCUACUUCUCAGAGAGGUGGUGCGACCAGGUGUUCUGUGGUUCCUGAGAAACCUGAACGAUCCAGACUUCAACCCUGUCCAGGAGAUGAUCCACCUGCCCAUCCACAGACAUGCCCGCAGGUUCCUCCUGUCUGUGGUUGUAUUUGGCACCACAGUACUGCUGAUGCUGUACGUCCCCAUCCAGGUCAUCAAAUGGGCCUUCCCCACCUUCCUGCCAUACCAUGUCAUGUUGUCCAGUGAUGCACCUGUGAGUGAGCUGUCCCUAGAAUUGCUGCUGCUACAGGUUGUGUUACCUGCCCUGUUGGAACAGGGUCACACGCGCCAGUGGCUCAAGAGCAUGGUCAAGGUCUGGACUGUUGGGACGGCAUGGAUACUGAACCUAAGAUCAUACUUGCUUGGGGAUGUUCCAGUGGAGGAAGUAGAGGGUGUGCUGAUCCGGGGUGAGGACAAUGUCCAGCCUGGCAACAACCCUGCCCCUGCUAACAACAUAGACCUGCAGGAUGGAGGCUUACAUGCUGCCCACCAGGCUAUCCUACAGCAGGCAGGGCCCAUUGGCUUCCAACCAUACAAACGGCCCACGUGGUUUGCAUUUAGGUUGGUGCUGUUAGUGUUCCUGAUGUGUGAGACUCUAGCCUUCACCAGUUUUGUCGGUCUUACUUUACCAGUUGGCCUGGGUCGCGCCAUGAUGUCUGUGUGGAUGGGGGAGGCCAAGGUACACGAGCUGUACACAGCAGCAUGCGGACUGUACACGCUGUGGUUGGUGUGCCGCGUCCUCUCGGUCAUGUUCGCCUGGGUCCCACAGGGUUGGACAACUGUGGGCAGGAAACUGUCUGAAUGGUCCAUGAUGGCUAUCAAAACAAUAGUGCUGGCUGUCCUGCUACUUGGUGCUGUUCCAUUGCUGUUGGGUCUGCUGUUUGAGCUGGUUGUUGUGGUCCCCCUCAGAGUUCCGCUGGACCAGUCUCCACUCUUCUUCCCCUGGCAGUGUGUUGUGUUCCAGGACUGGGCCUUGGGCGUCCUCCAUGCUAAGAUCAUCUGUGCCAUGACGAUGAUGGGACCACAGUGGUGGCUGAAAAGAGCCAUGGAGCAGGUGUACCAAGAUGGUAUAAGGAACAUGAACCUACAGCUGGUGGUGUUUGACCUGGCCCUCCCUGUCAUCACCUGCCUGUUGUUCUGUCUCUGCAUCCCCUACCUGGUGGCUGCGGGUGUCGUCCCUCAUCUGGGUCUGGGUGGUGAUGUGGAGGUUCAGGUGCUGCGCAGGAUCUACCCCUCCCUCCUGGUGCUGGUCCUGGUGUCAGGGCUCUUCACCUUCCAGGCCAGGCAGUUCAAACGGCUCUACACACACAUCAAAAAUGACAAGUAUCUUGUGGGCCAGCGGUUAGUUAACUACGACAAGAACAAGAGAAGUCGCGAGUCCACACCACAACAGAGAGUGGUGCACUGAGCUUCACGCAAGGGCUGUUUCUAAUAUUUGUAGAUGGGUUAGCAUGUGAUGGGAAAGAGAUUGUUGUUUUUCUGGAAUGAAAUAAGCAAACAGAUAAAAUCUAAGUAGAUGACAUCUGGUCAGAUGUUCCUUGAAGUAUAUUGAUUAAAAGCUGACAGUUUGUCCAGAGGCAUUACUUCUCAAGUCUAUGUUGGAUGAGUUGCAUGUAAAGAGGUCCUGGUGUUUCAGUAUUCAACAAUCAAUCUGUUGUACUGUGACUGCCUGAGUAAUCUAGUGAGGUGUAUAUGAUAGGUUCAAUUUUACUGAACAAUGGACAGGCCUCACAACCAGUAACUAAACACUGAAAGGGAGCCAGCCCAGUACAACAGAUCUGAGACAGUGAGUCCUACUGCAACCAAAAUUAGCAAAGUUUCCUCCAGUCUAAUGCUACUGUCAGAAGCUAGAGAAUGCUGUAGUACAAGUAGUAGUCACAGUCUUGCUUACUAACACAAUGUAUAUAAUUAUACGGAAGUUGAAUUGAAGUGAGUGUAGAGUUAACUGUUGCCACAUGAAUGUAAUGCAUUUUUUUUAUCAUUUGAGGCCAGCAUGGCCUAGAAAAGACACAAUUAGAGUUAAGAAAGAUCUCCAGACUUCUUGCAUGCAAAAGUGAAAGUGAAUUAGUUUAACUCAAAUGAACUCAAUGAACAGAUGAACUACUGGUAAUCUUCAACUGGUCAUGGCAUAGAAGACAAAUGCUAUGUACAGUACAUGUGUGUUUACAGGUUUGGGAGCAAUUUACCUUGCUCUCUUUGGCAAGCACAAUGAACAGUGGACCAUAUGGCUUGACUGCCUGUUGUAAGGACUGCAACCCUUUCCAGUAGUGUACAUACCAAGUGAGUGACACAACUUCUUGGUCUAGAGGCAGGGUUACUAACCUCUGGACCACACAUGCUAUACAUGUAUUUCAGCAAAGGUAUAUUUGGAAUUGUAGCACUCUGUCUUACCCAUGAUCCCUAUUACCAAAAUUGGUCUCAUGAGGUUAAACUGCUAUUAGUCAAACUUCUGUAUAUGUUGUAUAUAUCCUAAUUGGAUGAAAUAUACAUGUCUAUCAGCAUUAAUCACUACAAUGCAUUGAAAGCUUUUAUUCAAAACACAUUUAUACAAGUCAAACCCAAGAUACCUGUCAUUUUUAUAAGUGCAUUUCCAGUUCUUUUGAUAUUUAGGAUAUCUCCUAGUUUACGAAAAGAAAGCAUUUUGAAGACGAUACAUGCUGGGA